CAGAGUAUCAGCUUAUCUUUGAAAAACCUUUGUGACAGCUGGCUUUCAUUUUAUAAAGCAGGAACACACCUAAUUGCAUAUUUUUUUUAUUAGUUGGCCUUUAAACAACCGGUUAUGUGUUCUGCUUGAUAAGAAUAAAAAUAGGCUUCUAACAUACAGAGAAGAAUUUGAAAAAGUCAAAUGUCAAACACUUAUCAAAACAACCAUUGUUGCAAUCAGAACCGAAACUUUUUCGUGGCGUCUGAAAUGUUCAGUGUCCAGUUAUUAAUACUUAAGAAUUAAUAAUAUAAUGCAAAUUGGUUUCUAUUAGUUGGGCUUGUGUCAGGGUGCGGGGUGCAGGGAGGACGAGGAGGUGGACGCAAUUGCAAACAAAAGGGGAUUUAUUAACAAAAACAGAUACAAAAUAAACAGGGAUUUACAGAUAACAGGACUUAGGAAACUGGGGAAAACAUGGAACACUGACAGACGAUAAACGUACAAGGAUCGACACCGGGGAAAUGGAAGACGGACCUUAAAUAGAGGUGCACACACACAGGAAACAUGAAACACCUGGGACGAAGGGGCGGAGCUACAAAUGAACACAGGUGAGUGGAAAAACACUGGGAAUGAAACACAGAGGAGCCGGGUCACAUGAGAGACAGACACGAGGAACAGGUAAAUAAACAUGACACUAGACAGGGCAACAGGGCAAGGACCUUACAUAACCCCCCCCCUUAACGCGCAACUCCCGGGGCGCGAAAAAAAACGAAACCCCAGGAGCAGGUCAGGAGAGGGCGGAAAACAAAGAACAAGACUAGAACUAGGACGGAGACCGGGCAGGGAACUGGACAGGAGACCGGACAUGAAACGGGGGCAGGACCGGGAACGGACACUGGACGUGGGGCCGGGCAGGGAACGGAAACUGGACAGUAGACUGGACAGGAGACAGGGAUGGACACUGGAACAGGGACUGAACUGGGGAUGUAAACGGAGACUGGACGAAAGACUGGACAGAGGGCUGGACAGUGGACAGAGACGUAGACUGGACAGGGGUCUGGACAUUGGACAGGACAAAAGACUGGAGAGGGGACAAGGACUGGACAAAAGACUGGACAGGGGGCUGGACAGUGGACAGAGACGUAGACUGGACAGGGGUCUGGGCAGGGGGCUGAGACUGGACAGAGGAGCGGACAGGGGACAAGUAUGGGAGAGUAGACAGGACAGGACUGGACAGGGGAACAGGGACCAUAACAGUGACGGGGACAGAAACAAAUACAGUGACUGGGACGGGAACAGAAAAACCACAGGGGACAGGAACAGGAACGAACACAGAUACAGGGACCAGGACAGGGAGAGACAGGGGGACCAAAAACAUAGGUGGGUGCCCAGGACUGGCAAAAGUCUGUGUGGACAGCCUGGGCACAUGACUGGGGGCAAAGUCAGGAGGCCUUGGAGCAGGCCUGGAUAUACGGGGCCUGGAUGGGGGAAGUUGCCAAUGCUUUUUUUCCCCUGGCGGUUGCUUUAGUGUUGGGUUUGGGAGCAAAUAGAGUGCGGAGUUCUGAUCAGGUGGAGUAAAGUGGAAUAUUUUGCACUCUUGUCUCGGUUGUUUCUCUUUAAUUCCUCCAAGUAACACUGCGAGGUUAUAUCUGUAUUAGCUUUUCUCGCUUUAUUCUCCCACUUCUCACCCUCUGCUUCGCCUGUGUGGCUCCGCGCUCUCGCAUCUGCACAGAUCUGAUUGGCAGAGGAGAGCGUUUGGAUCUUACAGCACACGUGAUUGGUCUGUAAGUUUACUGCGCUGUAAAGCACGUAAACCGUAAAGACAAUAAACGUUCCGCCGCUUUAAAUGAACACUGUCAGAAUUAAAUCCUUCUCAGUAGUUUAUCGGUCCAGACCCGGACCGCGAUCCACCUAUUAGUGACCCCUGCCAUAAAUCAUGAAUUUGCUUAUUGAAAGUGCCCGUUUUAUCUCUAAUCUCUGUUUUGUUUUGUCUAGUGAGCAGCAUAGUUGCUGUUGUCUGCAUCCAGAAGGGAAUAAAAAUGGCUCAUGCAUUCAAAAAGGUAGCAGUAUCGAGGAAUGCUGUGAAGGGGACGGCAGCCAUUGCAGAGUUGUAUCUUACUGAAAAGCCACUUCUCAGUGGUUUUAAAGGACAAUACAAAGACUCCAUUCCAGUGCCUCCUGGGUUUCUCCCUGGACUGCUACCGCUUAUGAAGUCCCUGCAGUAGAUGACUGGAUGCACUGCAGCAAACAAGAAAUCACUUAUCAGCACAUCACUGAUCUUCUCUCUCGGUACAAACAACAGGCUGAUAAGCAUCUUGGUGAGAACCCCAGCUACGAACAGAGGGAUAGAGUCUGGCUCUCUACGUGCGAUUUUCGCUACCCCGGCAUAUGCCGUUGUCACGGGUCCUCUUGACAAGGGUGUACCAGAGGUCAUCCCGCCGGAGCUGCUGGAGUCGGGAGAGUCUUCCACUUAUGCUGUCCGGGAGGUUCUUGACUCGCAACAACGUGGGGGCUGCCUUUAGUACCUCAUCGUCUGCCAGUUCUGGGUCUGCGCUUUCUCCGUGCCCAUCGGUGUCUUCCUCUGGUCAGCCUGUGGUUGCCUCCUGCCCUUAGGUCUCCAGGUGUCGUCAUCCUUGUCGUCUACCUGUGGCUGGCCCUUUGGAGGGAGUACUGUCACUACUUAUUUUGCCUCUCCUGUCAUUCCCUAAGUACCGGAGUGCGGUCCUCAGAACUCUACUACAGUACUACAGACACCGUGACAUCACCGAGCACAUGUCCCAGCGCCAUGGUAGCUCGGUUCAGGUGUGUUCUCCCUAUUUAAGAACGCCAUACUCCUUUGUUCCUCACAGCGUAUUGCCCUCCAUGCGUACAAAUCGUUAUUUCUUGUGUUUCUAUCAGCUACUUUGUGUAUCAACCCCUUUUUUGUGUUUUUGGACUCUGAUUUUGGAUUUCCCUCUGAUAUUGUUGUUUGCUGGUUUCUGAUCUCUGCCAGGACUUUGUUUUCAUUUCUGCCUUGCCUCCUAUGUUUUGGUUGCUUGGUUUACGACUCCAUUUUCUGGUAUGUUGUGUUAUAGCCUCUGGUCCUGUUUGUUUCUUUGUAUAUUUGUAAAUAGUGUAAAUAAACUCCCUUGUCUCUGUCUUGCCUGGCCCUUUUGACAGGCAAUUGCAGAACUUGCCAUCAUUGAUCCCAAAAAGUACAAAAGAUUUGCUGAUAUGUCAACAAAGGAGACCUUGACUGCAUUUGCAUAAACAUGUGCAGCCCACAUCAAUGAAGAAACAAAGAACAAGAUUAAAUACAUAAAGGCGAAGGAACAGCUUCUUCCCAUUCACUGGAAAUCAGUUAUUUGUUAAAAAAAAAAAAAGCUAUAAACAAAAAAUGUAGUGUUUUUUGUGGUUUUUAUUUUAAGCACAAUGAGUAGGGAAUGUUUUAAUAUACAACAGUGUAAAAGAGUCUGUGGUAGCCAGCGUCCUCUUUUACACUGUUGUGUGUUGGGGAGGCAGCAUCAGCAAGAGGGAUGCUGGACGACUGGACAGGCUGGUGAGGAAAGCUGGUUCUGUGCUGGGAUUAGAGCUGGAGUCCUUAACACCACUGGCAGAGAGGAGAGCCCUCAGUAAGCUGCUGAACAUCAUGGACAAUGUUCACCACCCUCUGCACAGCACCAUCACCAAGCAGAGAAGCUCAUUCAGCGGCAGACUGCUGUCCCAGUCCUGCUCCACCGACAGACUCCGAAAGUCUUUUGUUCCUCAGGCCAUAAGACUGUUCAACUCCUCUCAGCACAGCAAACUAAAGACUCUGUGAAACUUUUUAAUUCCGGCCACUCUGGCCACACCAUGGACACACCCCCAGCUAUGGACACACUCUCAGACUUGCUGAUGCCUAGAACACUUUUUAUAGUUCUACCAUAUUUUGCACUAGUAGUUCAUUCACUAGUUAAUUCAUCUACUGUUUACGUAUCUUUUGCACUGUUUACGUAUCUUUUGCACUGCUUAAUUUAAAUUAUUAUAUAACUGUGUAUUUGCACUUUCUGUUUGGCUGACAUCAGUUAUCCUCACAUUAUGCACAUCAACUGGUGUUCCCUGUCUAUUGUGUUCAACUGCACUACCUCCAUUCUCCAUCUCCAUUAC